CAGGCACUUGGCUUCUUGUGGUAUUCUGAUGACCAGAAUUUCUUCUUUGCAAGUACCUGUAAUGAGCUAUACCUUUUCAAGAACUUUCUUCAACAUUGCUGCACCACUAGUAAAUAAAAGAAAAGAAUAUUCUGAAAGAAGAAUUAUAGGGUAUUCUAUGCAGGAAAUGUAUGAAGUUGUUGCUGUUGUGGAGAAUUACAAACUAUUUGUGCCUUGGUGUAAAAAGUCAGAUAUAUUAUCAAAGCGCUCUGGAUACUGCAAAGCACAGCUAGAAAUAGGAUUCCCUCCUGUAGUAGAGAGGUAUACAUCAGUUGUUACCCUAGUGAGACCACAUUUAGUUAAGGCAUCCUGCACAGAUGGAAAACUAUUUAAUCACUUGGAAACGGUGUGGCGUUUCAGCCCAGGUAUCCCUGGUUAUCCAAGGACAUGUACAUUGGAUUUUUCAGUUUCUUUUGAAUUUCGUUCACUUCUACACUCAAAACUGGCUACGCUAUUUUUUGAUGAAGUGGUAAAGCAGAUGGUAGCUGCCUUUGAAAGAAGAGCAUCCAAACUCCAUGGCCCAGAAACAAGCAUACCUCGGGAGCUAAUGCUUCAUGAAGUUCAUCACACGUAAAAGGCAAAUUAUAAACUUGUUUGUACACUUCAUUUGUACAAGAGGUGCCACGCUCUGCCUUUGGGGCACCUAUUUCAUAUCUGACCUUUGUGUGUGAUUUCAUACCGUACCAAACACACCUGUUUGGCCAUGUGUGUAUAUAGAAAGUUCAAGCUGCAAUCAAGUGCGACUUAAAAAGUGUUAUCAGUAGCAGACAAUUGGCAGCUACUGUAACACAACAUAUCUCAGGCUGCCGUUCAUCAACUUGCCAAAUGGUUUGUGUAAUCACAGUGUAAGUUCUGCCUUAUCCAAGCUUAUGUUUUUUUCAGCAUCGUAACAUAUUAACUCAAGUUUAAGUUAUUAGUAGUGUGAAUCUAACUUAACAGCAUCAACGGUCAACCCAGCCACAAGAAGGGAAACUGACAUUCUGGCUUUGGGGAGUAUGAACAGUUUGUCAGGCAUCAAGCAGCAGGCGCUUGUAAUCCAAAUGAACGACAAGUGUAACUCGGGAGUCUCCAGCUGCUGUUGAAUUCUGACCAGCAACUGCAACAGGAAAAACAACACAGCCUGAACACUCCUGAGUUUUCAGAUGUUAAACAUAAGGGGUACACAAAACAUAAGUACCACCGUAAUUGCAAUGUAGCAGUUUCAGCUAUAGCCCAUGGUUCUCAGCUGCCUGGGCUCUAGACACUUUAGGUAUGUUGGGCAGGUUCAACUUGCCUACCUGCCACUGUUUUGCCGUUACACAUCGCAGUUAGGUUAUGGUAGAUAUAUCUUGUCUAAUGCAAGCAUUUCCCAGUUCCAACACAACUUUAAACCAAGUAAAUGUUACCUCUUUGAGAACUCGGGCAGGGAUUCACAACACUCUGUACUACAGUGCUGUCCUCCCUGGAAGGAAGGAACAAGAUGUCCUCCACUUACUGCAGACAAGCACACCCAAGGCCAGUUGUCAUUAAAAAACAUACAAUAGAGAGCUAAUCUUAGUUCUUAAGAUUUUUUUUUCAGUACCACACUACCAUUUAAUUAUCAGUCCAUUAUGAUGGUACCAGCCAUAUUGAUUAAAUUCAUUUUCAGUAGUUCUCUUCCUGACAUUAGUAUUCUCUUUCUAGUCUCUGAAGAAAUGUUAAGUUUUAACCGAUUUAAAAUCCUGUCUAUAUGCUGCCUUGCACUACCCCAUUUCCUUACUGAAAUUAGGUAAAGCUUCACAUCAGGUGUUGGAGCUGGUCCUUUCUCCAAAGUGUCUGUCAUCUACAUGGCUGCUACAGAAUAGUGUAUUAAAUAGCAGAGGAAGGGAGGGUUCUGGACAAAGACAGCCCUGAAGCGGUCUCAGACAGGGCUGAUAACUUAAGAGAUAGUUUUCAGGAAAGAGCAAUUGAAAUUUCACACAUCCUAUCUAUGAAGGAUAGUUCUGAUUAAAGGUACAAAGCUGGGGAAAGUGACAGCUGGAUUAAGAGGUCAGUUUUACAGCACUGUGAAGUUGUAAACCAGUUUCCUAUGUUGAGUCAAUCGGAGAUAAACAUACACAAGUCUGGGAACACCACUAUUUUGAAGUCUGGAAAGCAGAGUUGAAAAGCAAGCAGAAAAGAGUUUAGGCAACAGGCUGGGUCAGGUUAAAGAACACAUUAGGUGGCAAAGCUGUCACUUUUAAGGGUAAAGCAGCAUCUAGUGCAAAAUAAUUCAAACUAAAUCCUGGAGCCCACUACCAGAAAGCUGGAAGACAAGACUGGAAGUCUCAAGGCAAGGAGGUAACCACAUACCACACCUGAGCAAGAGAAGUAUUUAAAAACCCCACAUCCCUUUCUUAACAAGGAUGACUUACCCAUCUCCUACCCUUAGCGCACUUUCCCUCCCACAAGACUGUG